AUGACACUGAUGAAUGUUUUCGAUUUGUUCGAUUUUGAUGAAAGUGGUACGUUGUGCCGGAAUGAAUUUGAUAUAUAUAAUACCUUGGCAAGCGAUGAACAUGUCACCGAUCAGGAAUGGGAUAUACUGUGUCGAAAUUUUCAAACCAAAGACGGCGGACUGCUACUUAAUUCGUUCAUUGCACUUCAUCAGGUUGAAGCAGAUCAUGAUCGAUCAAUGGAAGAUACCUGGAUAUCGUUACUUUCGAUCGGUUACAAUGAUCGGCUCGACCUUGUUCACGUGAGCAUCCAUAAUCUGUUAACUUUAAUAAUCCGUACGGAUGCUAUUUUCCAGUCAGUGAGGUCUCAUCGAUGUCGAGAAAGGGAACUUUUGGGACAAGAUCUCGAAAGUUAUGCUACUUGUAGUCAACGAUGGGGUAUCUUACCAAAAACGACUAGGGGACGGUCGCUACUCCGCUAA